ACGCCCAUACCGGAUCUCGCAUCAACGUUGCUCUCGAAUCCCGUAUCAGUGCUCUUAUCGGGAUUAUUGGCAAUGAGCCUGCUCUCAUGGACUCGUCCGAACGGGCGCAUCUCGUUCUUUCAUGCCAAAGACAACAAGCUCCUAUUGACAAAGGUCUCUGACAAGCCCGGAGCCAAGGAGCAGACGACCCUGGUGGACGUCUGCCGUGCCGCAACACCGGACACAUGCCAUCUCAACCCAUUCCUUUUCAACGGCCAUCUCCAAACAGCCUGGACGGUCGUGAAAUUUGACUCGGUCCCGAUCUACUACAAGCGCAAAAUGUUCGAGGCGGACAGCCCCAUGUACACGGGCCAGUUCGCCAUCGACUUUGUGGUGCGGCCAUACGAUAUGCCCCCGGACGGGGAACUCACCGACCAAGCGAGGAAGUAUACCAUGCCGUCAGGUCUUCCGCCACGGACGUCUUUCUAUUCUGAGGAUGAGUUCUCUGCGGUACCGUCAAAUGACACGAAACCUAUGCUUGUGCUACUCCACGGUCUGAGCGGUGGUUCACAUGAGUUGUAUCUGCGGCACGUCCUUGCUCCUCUCAUGGCUGACGGCUCUUGGGAAGCGUGUGUGGUGAACUCUAGAGGAUGCGCGCAGACCAAAAUUUCUAGCGGAGUUCUCUAUAAUGCUCGGGCUACGUGGGAUGUUCGUCAGGCCGUGAAAUGGCUCAGAAAAACAUUUCCCAACCGGCCUCUUUUCGGAAUUGGCUUCUCACUUGGUGCCAAUAUUCUUGCCAAUUAUCUCGGCGAGGAAGGCGACGCGUGUCAAUUGAGAGCAGCCGUGCUCUGCGCGAGUCCCUGGAACUUGGACGUCAGCUCGGCGAAUCUGCAGCGGACAUGGAUUGGCCGGGAAGUCUACAGCAAGACGAUGGGCUCCAGCAUGAAGAACCUCUUCGAACAGCAUGCCGAGGAAGUUUCCAAGAACCCCCGUGUGGAUGUUGAAGCAGUGAGAAACACUACUUACUUGCAUGAAUUUGAUCGAGCCCUGCAAUGUUCAACCUGGGGCUAUCCCACCGAAGGCGCCUAUUACCGUGACGCUGCCUCCACCGAUUCGCUCCUCGCCAUAAGAAUUCCGUUUCUCAGCGUUCAGGCCGAAGAUGAUCCAAUUGCUUCACGCGACGCUCUACCAUUUCAAGAAAUUAGCCAGACUCCCUACGGAGUCAUGCUGACUACGUCGUGGGGUGGUCAUCUUGGUUGGUUUGAAUUUGGAGGGUCAAGGUGGUUUGUCAAGCCGGUGACGAACUUCCUCAACAAGAUGGCCAAGGAAAUCGACACCCAGACGCCUGGCGUUGUUGAAAAUCCCGAGAAAUUGCCCGGACAAAUUGCCAAGCACCCUGGCUUGGAUAAAGAUCCUGACCUGGCACCGAAGCCCGACUUCAACCCCAUGCGCCGCAAGCUCGCUAUGCAUACGGUGCAGUGA